GCGCGUACUUUAUUUUGAUUGGAGCUGCCAUGGAAUUUCUUUUGUGUGUUCGCAGAGAUUUUUUAAUGAUCGGUGACAGGAUUAUUAAAGUCAUUAAGCGGCCACUUGCAGUUGUUGUUCAAAUCGACGCCGUGUUGUUCUUCUUCUUAUUAUGUUGUUCUCAAUGGCGUCGGGGCUAAUAAUGUUUUGCACUCGUAACUGUAACUGGCAAACUGUUGCAACACCGUUUGCUGCUCAUCUCGUAUGCUGAUGCAUAUCAUCAAUGUGAAUCAAUUUUUAAGUACAUCGAUUAAAGGUCAUCUAUUUUCUGCCAACUAAACAACUUUCUCUUUUGAACGCACCCUCAUCAACUGAACUCAACUUGCUGCACUUGUAGACUAAAUCUAUAACAAUUUGGCAAACAACUUCCAUGUGAUCCGGAGCAGCUGUGCUGAGCUUGUGUAGUACUUAAUUGAAGUGAAAUUAAGUGAUAUUAAUAAAAUUGGUGGAUAUUAAAAGUCAAUCAUAUUUAAAUUCGCAACUUUCGACACUAUUCGUGUUGGCAAUUUUUAAAGUUUGAUGACUAAAGGCUUCGUCUAAUUACAAAACACACUCGGUAGUUAAUUGGAUAGUGUUUAGCUUUAAAAUAAAGUAAAUAUUCCUUGAAAUAAAAUUGACAUUGUUCGACAUGCUUAAUUAAAGGGCAAGUGAAUUUCAAGGGCGUCAACGGUUCACUUCAAUUCAUGAGAACUGAAGUGUUGUUAGGCAUUUUAGUUGGCUUCGUGUUGACUUAAAAUAAACAAUUAGUUUAGCGGUGUUGCUUCUAAUAGUCACACCUGAAAUGCCUCGUUUAUUCGCACUAACUUCUGCUGCUCCUCUGUCGGUUCGUGUGCGUUCCAGGGAGUGUUGCACCUAUUUGUAUCGGGUUAUCCAGUUCGUUGGUUGGCUGCCACCUCGCCGGGGUACAAAGCGUUAUGUAUAUUUAAUUUGGUCAUGUUUGGCAUUUGGCUUUUCAACAUUCUAUUUAGUCGUUGGUUUUGCCGUUAGCCUGGUUAUGGAUUUUAAGAAGUUCACACCUGGAGAGUUUCUAAGCGUCUUUCCAGUGUUUCUGAAUGUCAUUGGAUUGAUGGUCAAGAAUAUUAUGGGAAUUGUUUUGCUUAAACGUCUGAACGAUACGGAAUUGAUUCUUGAUGUGCUCGAUGAGCAGUUGCAGCGGGAGAGCGAUCGCCGAAAGAUUCACAAAGCUGUGGCCAAUUGUAAUUUCGUGUUUACGGUUUACGGCAGAUUAUAUUUGGGUUACACCCUGUCAGUGUUUUUGACAGGUGUAUUCAACGGGCAACCACCAUGGUUAAUCUAUAAUCCUCUCUUCGAUUGGCGGGAUAGCUUCACACACUUGUGGAUGCAAACGAUACUGGAGUACAUCAUAAUGUUCUUGAUGGCAUCAAUCGAAUUAAUUGUCGAUGCUUGUCCUGUUAUAUUUCUAAUUAUAUUUCGAGCUCAUGUCGAUGUGCUCAAGGAUCACAUUCGUCAGCUACGCAGUAAUGCAUACAAAACUGAGGAUGAGAACUACAGAGAUUUAGUUUGCUGCAUCCUUGAUCACAAAUCGAUCAUUAAAUGCUGCAACCUGAUGCGACCCUUCAUGAGCCUCACCAUAUUUAUACAGUUCCUUCUGAUUGGCAUCGUGCUGGGAGUGACCAUGAUUAAUAUAAUGUACUUUCUGGAUAUAAUGCACAGCAUUUCCUCUAUUGUUUAUCUUGCUGGCAUCUUGGUGGAAUCGUUCCCCUUUUGCUACCUAUGCGAUUUGCUAGUCGAAGACUGCGAUGACUUGUGCAACUUAUUGGGUCAGUCGAACUGGAUCGAUGCUGAGCCCAGAUACAAGUCAACCCUGCGGAUAUUUAUGCACAAUUUGCAACAGCCGAUUAUCUUCGUUGCUGGGGGCAUCUUUCUGAUCUCAAUGAGUACUAACAUUAAGAUGGCGAAAUUUGCAUUCAGUGUUAUGACUGUGGUGCAGCAGAUGAAUUUAGCUGAACGAUUUAAAUAA